AUGGCUGAAGCUGCCGGCCUCGCUCUCGGCGUUGUGUCAUUCGUGACGGCCGUUUCCGGCGUUUUCGUGUCUGUUGUCGAGUGCUUCGAGUACGUCCAGCUCGGGCGCAGCUUUGGCAAAGACUAUGAAAAGAGCCAGGUGCGGCUCGCCGCGCUCAAAUUGGAGCUGACCCGAUGGGGUGUCUCGGUCGGCAUCCUGCCCGACCCGGCCACCGGCGUCCCGCGACAGGUCGCUCCCGUGGAAAGCAAAAUCGCCGCCGUGGUCGUGCGUCUCUUGGAAAGCGUUCGGGACGACGUGGUCGAACUCCAGAGGAAAUCGCAGCGCUACCGCGACGACGCGAUCCACGGCAACGACGGCCGAGACGUCGAGAUCGCCGGGGUCGAGAGCCUGACGGCGGCGUCGCGCAUCCUCGAGUCCAGGAGCACGGCCGUGAUCGAGAAGCGGCUGGAAAAAUUGUCCCUGCGCAAAAAGGUGUCGUGGGCGCUGUACGAGAAAAAGCACUUUGACCGGAUCCUCGACGACAUUACCGAAUUGUUCACGCGCCUCGAGUCGCUCCUCCCGGCCGAAAUCAAACCAUAUCAGCAGAGUCUCUGCGUCUACGAGGUGGAGGAAAUUCAAGAGGAUCAGCCCGAGCAAGUCCUGACGCUCCUCCACGAGGCCGCCGCCGCGAACGGGGACAAGCUACUGAAGGAGACGGUGGAAAAGGCCCUCGUCGCUCGAGGGACGGGUCAUACGUGGGAGCGGACGGAAGUGGGAGAUCAAGUCCAGCUCGAGCAGGGCGACCGCAUCGCCUCGGGAUCCCAGGCCUGGGCGCCGAUUGGGAGGGUCGGACAUAAUUACGGCGUGACGUGGACGUACAAGUACUCGCCGGCCAAGGUCUGCAAGUGGACAAAGGUCGCGGGCCGAGGGGGUGUUCUGCUUGCCAGCCCGCUGGCUCCCGGCCAGACAGCCGCCCGUUUUGACCCUACCGAAGCCGGCGAAGCCAGACAGCUUCGAGCGUACAUGAAAUUGGCCAUUUCUGACCUAACCCCGUCCAUCCUGUUCCUCGUUACCACCAUCCCCUUGCUCGAAGACUGGGCCGAACCGAACAACAUGGACCAAAUGACCCUCGAUACCGACAUGGACACCAUGCUCGAGGAGCUUCAGCGCAUCGCGCGGGACAUUGAUCCGGACAACAUCGGCAUUCUCUGCGCCAUCGACCGCGCCGUCGUCGCCCGCGCCCUCCGGAAACCCCAAGGCCUGCGCGCCGAGGACCACCAGGCCAAGGUCGCCGGCCACCUCUACCGCUACUACGCCUCGCACAAGACCAUGAACGCUUCCAUUUCCGCCGACUCCUACCCGAUUGCCCGCCCCCGACACUUACCGUCACUUUCCCCCAACGACGAGGUUCUCAAAACGGACCCCUUGUCGUCCUGGGAACGCGAGCAAAUCUCUAGCCAGCGAUUGUCCGCCCCCGGCAAGAUCGGGGACAUGUACCAGCGCACCAUCCUGCACGACGUCGCCACCCACAUCGACGACGCCUCCUCCGACGCCCGCGCGGGGCUCACGGCCGCCACGCGCGAGCUCGUCGAGGCGGGCGCCGACCCCAACGCCGUGGACUGCGCCAAGCGCACGCCGCUGCACUGGUCCGUCGCCCAGGGCGCCGGGUCGCUCAUCCCCCUCGUCAUCCCCGAUAAAGUGACCCCCUGUGCCCUCCACCAGAUCGACGCGGCGCAGAGCUCGCCCAUGCACCUGGCCGCGCGUGUCUACGAGAUCAACCCGCGCCGGGGCAUCUCGGUAGACCACCUCCGCGUCAUCCACCAGUUCUCCCUCCAGCACCAGGAUAACUCGUUCCAGCACCUGGAGAACCCCAUCGACACCGAGACCGAGGCCUGCAAGCAGCUGCAAGGGUGGGGCAUGCUGCACUUCGCCGCGGCCAACGGCUGGACCGAGACCCUGCACGCGCUCCUCGACAACGGCAUCGUCGUGGACGACUACCACAGCCGCUCCGGCCACACCGCGCUCUCCAUCGCCGCCCAGCGCGGCAACGUCAAGGCCGUACAGUACCUCUUGUCCCGCCACGGCUUCCUGUCCCCCAACGACCGCGACAACGGCCGCACCGCCAUCUCCUACGCCGCCGAGAACGGCAACCCGGAUCACGCGGGGUGCACGCCCCUCUUCCACGCCGUCACCGCGGGCCGGAAAGACGCCGUGCAGCUUCUCCUCCUAGCCGGCGCCGCCAACCCACGAAUCGCGACAAACGCCAACACCACGCCGCUGAGCGUCGCGCUCAAAGGCAAGGACGAGGAAAUGAUCCGCAUGCUCAAGGAUCCGCCGCCGCUACGUGCGACAAGGGCGGCGCCCCUUCGUCGCUGA